AUGGGUGAUGGAGGCCAUACGAAGCAAUCGGUGUUGUAUGGUACGCGAGAUGGAAAAAUCGGACUCGUCGAUGUGAAACCUAAAGACGGCGAAAUUAAGUGGGAAUUCGCCACGACGUCCGAAGGCGGAAUCACCGCCAUCAAGUGUUACCCGUUCACUGAAUCCGAUUACCCAGAUAUUCUGAUCGGGAAAGAUGACGGGGUACUGGAGAUUUAUACACACUGCGAUGAAUCGAUCACAGGACUUGACUGUGGACGAGUCACUUCCGAGGAUGAGAAUGAGAUUAUCAUCUGCACCUAUACAGGUACAUAA